UGACAAAGCAAGAAAUACUUUCACUUAGAAUUAAACACUUGAGCUCCUUAUUUAAAAAAUGAAAGGUAGUAUUACUGAAGAUCAUCUUUAUCUAGACUACUUCCAUCAGAAAGAAGACUGCAUCUUGCCACUUCACACUUCCGUAUCUUUAUUUCUGUUGUCUUAUUGUGACUGCAAGACAUUCAGAGUCUUUUUAGUAUCUCCAGGGGAAAUACCUCCAGACUCCCAGUUUACAGACAAAGCACUGCCUGAGGCCCUGGAGUUUUGCCUUAUCAAAAGGUGCCAGCUUCCUUCAGUGGUCCAAAAGUGUUGCCUACCUGCUGUCCUUGAAAAGAAUGGAACAUUUUGUCGAGCAGGACUUGCUGUGGUGUUAAGGCAUAUAAUACGCAAAACAAAUGAGGCUGAUCCGUCAAAGAAGGAAGUUUUGGAACUCUUGGGAUUUAAAAAGACCUGUUUGAAAGCCUGUGCUGAAGUUAGUGAAUGGACCAGACUUUGUGAAAUCAGCAUUCCUCUGGCUGUUGAGGAUUUUCUGAAGCUGUCUCCUGGUCAGCAUGAGAAUAUCCCCGUGGAAAUUCUGCAGCUUGAAAAGAAGUUGGGAGAACCUGUAAGAGUGCAUAAUGAUGACAAAAUUCGAAGACAGAAAGUUCAGCAGCAAAACUUGCUUGUUAAGAAAGGAAGUAAUGAUUCUUCUGAAGAAAGAAAACCAAGAGAAAUUCAGGAAUCAUCUCCUGUAGAUUUGGAACGAUCUUUCUCUAAUUUAACUGUGCAGAAAAAUCCAGUUUCCACCAAAAGAGAACCUUCUCAUAUUAGAAAAAUGAAAACCUCUGAACUGCCACCUCUGGAGCAUGUUUUUGCUGAAGGGCUAUAUUUUACUUUGGCUGAUAUAGUUCUCUUUCCAUGCAUUCAUCAGUUUUGGGUUUUCAGCAAAAAUCAUCAAGACAGAAUGUCAGAGUUGCCGUUAAUAUCCAGUUGGUACCAAAGAGUUCAGGAAGUACCAGGAGUUAAGACGGCUGCUGCCAAAUGCAAAAUGCAGUUUGUGCAGUAUCAGGGCUCAUCCUCUUUCCAAGCCAGAUGCCCACAAGGAACCUGCACAGCUUCUGAUGAACCGGAAGAGGAGAAUGAAAUUGCUCAGUUCAUAGGUGGUCCGAGGCCAACCAUGACAAAAUUAAUGGCUAAUGGUAUUGAAGCAGUGUUUUGUCCUCAUCCACACCCUACCUGGGCCCUAAACUGGGAAAGUCUACCAGCUGCAGUUAACCCAGGAGAAGGAAAGAUGUCCACUGAUCGUGCUUUGAGGAAACAGCAGCAACUCAACAACUUGGUGGCUUUAGUGAGAAAACUAGCUAGGCCUGGAGAUGUGAUUGUGGAUUUUUGCAGUGGUGGGGGCCAUGUUGGAAUUGUUCUUGCUCACAUAUUGCCAUCAUGCCAGAUAAUAUUGGUAGAAAAUAAAGAGUUGUCCCUGAUCCGUGCUAAAGAAAGAAGUGAUGAAUUAGGAUUAAACAACAUUUGGUUCAUACAAGCAAAUAUGGACUAUUUUAAAGGAACUUUUAAUAUUGGGGUGGCUUUGCAUGCUUGUGGAGUUGCUACCGACAUGGUGAUUGAACGCUGUACCAAAAUCCGUGCAGCAUUUGUUAUCUGUCCUUGCUGCUAUGGCUUCAUUCAGAAUACAGCCAAGUUUACAUUUCCACGAAGUCAUCAAUUCAAGGAAGUUUUAUCUUACAAGGAGCACAUGGUUCUCUGCCGAUUUGCUGAUCAGACAGCUGUCCAGCUUCCCCCUGAACGCAGGCGAAUAGGUAAGCAUUGUAUGGGGCUGGUGGAUCUGGAUCGGGCUUGGAGUGUGGAAAGAUCAUGCAGCUACUCUGUUCAAGUGACAUCCAUGGAACCAGAAACAUGUUCUCCAAAAAACAACUUGAUCGUGGGUGUCCCUGUUUAGUUCAAAGUUUCUUCUCAUCCAUUUGAAUCAAUGAUCGGCUCUUGCAAUUCACAGUCCAGUAAUUAUUGUGGAGGUUCAUACUAAGUCUGGGAAGCAGCCACUGUACAUCUUGAAUCCAUUGUCUCAAAAAAAAAAAAGAGGAAGCAGAAAAGAAAGAGCUUGGCAGCAAGGUUGCCUACAGAGUUUCUUAAAUCCUGCUUGAAAUGUGUGAUUAGAUGACAGCUGGUUCUCAGAAAAAGGAACAUCCUAAAACAGUCAUCUGCCUACACAAUAAUAGAACUCAUAAAGGUUUGUUUUUCUAAGUUUGAUUGCUGGAAAGGUGAGAUCUUUUCUUUUUCCUGUAAAGAUGGAUCUUGUGUGUUGGAAAACACAGUGCUAAUGCUUUUGUGAUCACAGGCUCUGACAAUGUAAAACAGUGUGCAGCUACUGGAUAAAAGCAGCCAAGUUUUUCAUUUUU